AGAAAGAGAGGGCGUGCAAUCCCAUAGAGUCAGAGUGGGAACUCCCUCAGAGAGAGAGGAAGCUGUGACUUCGACACACACACAGCGGCGUCCAGCAAGUCAUAUAUGUUGGUCAGAACACGCUGUGACAUCACUGUGACAUCAUGAGUGGGCGCACGGAGAGGAAUGCGGAGGAAAGGGCUCCUAUAGAGACGUCGGACCCCCCCAACAUCCAGGACAUGGAGCUGAGGGAGGAGUGGCAGGACGACGGCUUCCCCAGGCCUCUCCCCGAGGAUUGUGGGAAUCCAGAGGAGGCAGAGAGCCCGUCAAGAGCCCCGCCCACCAGCCUCGCUCUAUCGGGUAUGGUUAGGGGCGGGACUAAGAAGCGCCUGGCAGCCCCGACUCUCAGCCUGACUCUGAGCCACAGAGACUCUCACGACCUGAGCACCGACGGCUUCUCUGCCGCUGCCCUGUCAGCGACGCCAGACGACACACCGUCACUGGACAUCAACCUGGAGGCUCUGGAGACUCCAUCAGACAGUGAGACGGGAACGCUGCCGGACAGCACCCACGAGCUGGAAUGGGAUGAUGACCUCCCCCGGGUGGGGAGGGGGCGCGCUGUGGGCGUGGCCAGCAGUCCGGUGGAGCAGUCAGAGGGUCUGAUGGGGCUGGACCAGGUGGACAGCAGGGGGCGCCGCUGGAGGAGGUUCUGCAUCUCCGGACAAGAAUACCAUGUCAACAUGAGCGUCCUGGAGCCGUACCUGCAGGUCCUGUCUCACGGAGGUUACUAUGGAGACGGGAUGAACGCCAUCAUCCUGUUCACUUCCUGUUACCUGCCGGAGAACACGGUGGAAAACUACGAGUACGUCAUGGACAACCUGUUCAGGUACAUUGUGGGGACGUUGGACCUGAUGGUCUCGGAGAACUACCUGCUGGUCUACCUGUGUGCCAUGGCUCCCAGAAACAAACUGCCAUCCAUCAAAUGGCUCCAUCAGUGCUACACCUCCAUUGACAGAAGGCUGAAGAAGGACCUGAAGGGGCUUCUGGUGGUCCAUCCUGCCUGGUACAUCAAGGUUCUCAUCACUGUGGUCAAACCCUUCAUCAGUGAGAAGUUCAGCAGGAAGAUUCGGUUUGUUCAGAGUCUUCAGCAGCUUUCUCAUCUCAUCCCCACAGACAGACUGCAGAUCCCGGACACCAUACGCCAGUUUGACGAGAAGUUGAACCGAUGACGGUAACAGACUCUGAGGUCGAUGGAGUGGAUGGAUCCGAAAGGUCAAAGGUCAACAGGGGCCUCUCAGCCUGCUGACCUUUGACCUGCCUGCCUGCACAGAAAACACACCGACUCUGGGUUUACUUGUCGAGUCUGUCUUUGAACUGGGGGAGGGGGGUAAGUUAAACGUCCGGUUCUCCGGCAGCUUCAGACUCCAGACUCCCUCCUGUACAACUUAGGUUAAAGUGACUGUAAGUACAAACAGAGCAUGGAUACUGUAAAUACUGCAGGUGCACAUCAGUGUCGACUGGAGGCAUUUUCCCUUAAAAUCCCGGGGUCUGGUUUAAUCCUCGCCUCUGCGUUUAGUUUUUUCUCAUUCACCUCGGUCAGAGCGGGACGAACUGCAGCCGAACACAUUUGAAUAUCAGCACAUUGAACAAGGGUUUUACCCGUUGCACUUACAUGUACCUGUAAUAAAAGCCUCCAUCAUUGUACUAAAUGUUUCUCAUAUUUUUAAUAUCUUAGUGUUUGUCCGUGCUGUUAUUCUGUUCUUCAUCGGCAAACACUGAAGAGAUGCUGCGAACGCCAGAAAAGGCAAAUAAAGAGGGUGAUCAGAGUGUGAAGCGCACAACCCGGGAUUUCAUAACACGGCCACGACCUCCCAGAACCCGCCAGACCCCAUCGAUCAGUCGGGAAUUUUUCUGGAAAGAACUGCAUCAACUCAUUUAACUGUUGAGCCAUAAUUUAUCGUAAAUGUUAGUGUUUAUUUCAAAGAGUCAGUUUGUCCUAGAGGCUGUUUUCUAAAAGCUUUCUCAGCUUUGCCAGGA